AUCAGUUUAGGAGGGGGAAUGAAUAUUUGAAGGCGCGAUUGACCUUUGGAUCCGAAAAUUGAGUUGAGAAUGCAAUCAUCAAUUUUACCAUAUAAUCAAAAUAUAAAAAAAAAUCUCCGAUCAAUUUUCCUCAUUUCAAUUCAAUUUAAUAUUUGGUUCUAGGGUUUGAAGCUCUCUGAAGCCAUUACCCAUGGCUAAUCAUCAUCGUUCUCCAAGUUCUUCAUACAAAACCGUUCUUCCACCUCAAGAACUCCUCGACGAUCUUUGCAGCCGGUUUGUGCUAAAUGUGCCACAGGAAGACCUUCAAUCAUUUGAAAGGAUCUUAUUUCUUGUGGAGUAUGCUCAUUGGUUUUAUGAAGAUAAUUCUGUAGAAAAUAAUCCAUCUCUGAAGUCUUUAAGUCUGAAGGAGUUCACUUCACUAUUGUUCAAUAGUUGUGAUGUUUUGAAGCCUUAUGUGGCCCAUAUAGAUGACAUUUUUAAGGACUUCACUUCCUACAAGGUUCGAGUUCCUGUAACUGGCGCAAUAAUUCUUGAUGAAACCUUUGAAAGGUGUUUGCUAGUUAAGGGAUGGAAAGGAUCAAGUUGGAGCUUCCCUCGUGGCAAAAAGAGCAAAGAUGAAGAAGAUCAUGCAUGCGCCGUAAGAGAAGUCAUGGAAGAAACAGGUUUUGAUGUUUCAAAACUUCUUAACAAGGAUGAAUACCUUGAAGUUAUUUUUGGACAACAGAGAGUGCGACUAUACAUUAUUGCUGGUGUCAAAGAUGAUACAUCAUUUGCCCCACAAACCAAAAAGGAGAUCAGUGAAAUUGCAUGGCAACGGCUUGAUGACCUUCAACCUUCAAGUGAUGAAGUGAUAUCUCGUGGGAUCACUGGUCUUAAGCUGUAUAUGGUGUCCCCUUUUCUGGCAUCUUUGAAAUCAUGGAUUUCAUCACACCAACCUCCCAUGGCUCCAAGACCUGAUUUGCCUCUUAAAGGAAUUUGUGUAUGGAAAGCGAAGCACAGUUCUACUGGAAGUAGUUCUACACUUAUGGAAAGCCAGCCAACAAAGAUUGAACCAGAUUCUCAGCCUCUUGAUGUAGGGCCUGGCCGAAGUUUUAGGAAUUUCAGAUUUAGUACUGCACAAAUUUUACAAGCAAUGGAAGCUUCCUUUUCUUGAAAAUCCAGCCAUGUUCCUGUAAAGUACUCUUCAACUGAAUUGUUUUCUCCAUUUCACUGGUAGUUAUCCAUCUCUAUGGUCUAGUUAGGUUUCUGUACAUGUUUGUGGAGUAGUCUAAUAUGUACAUUAUGUGCAUCAACCAAGUUUGUGUACCUAAGACUGGAUAGAAUUCUCAGUAGCAUAUAUGGAGAAGUAGAGAAACAUUCCGAUGUAAAAGUUACUAUACUUUCCCUAAUCAGAACUGAUUCCUACAUUUA